AUGAAGGAAAUUGUCCAAAAGGCUGGCGAUAGGAGUCAGAAGGUCGUGGAAUGGAAAGCUCCUGAAGAAUUAAGAGAAUUGAUGGACCUUGACCCAACCGCAGUGGGAGAGACUCAUGAAAAGCUGUUGAUGCGUCUUCAAGACAUCAUCAAGUACAGCGUCAAAACUGGUCAUCCUCGAUUUGUCAAUCAACUUUUUUCUAGUCUUGAUCCCUAUGGUUUAGCAGGACAGAUCGUCACCGAUGCUUUGAAUACUAGUCAAUAUACAUACGAGACGGCACCAGUUUUUACUCUGAUGGAGGAAACUGUAUUGAAAACGAUGAGAACAUGUAUUGGUUAUACAGAGGGUAAUGGUAUCUUCUGUCCAGGUGGUUCCCUCUCCAAUAUCAUGGCUGUCAACUGUGCUAGGCACUUCAUGUUCCCUCAAACCAAGAAAACUGGCAUGUUUGGUCUACCUCCACUAGUGAUAUAUACUUCUGAACUGGCUCAUUACUCCAUAAAGAAGGCAGGUUAUCUAUUAGGAUUCGGAGAUGACAAUGUCAAAUUGGUCAAAACUGAUGAACUCGGUAAAAUUAUUCCAGAAGAUCUCGAAAGACAGAUCCAAGAAACAAUCGAUGAGGGUUGUACUCCAUUUAUGAUAGUCGCCACUGCUGGAACAACUGUAUUUGGAGCCUUCGAUCCCAUUGACAAAAUGGCAGAUGUCGCUCAGAAAUACGGACUUUGGUAUCACGUUGAUGGUGCCUGGGGUGGAGGAGUGUUGAUGUCUAAGAAACACAGAGACAUGAUGAAAGGUGUUGAUAGAGCCGACUCUGUGACAUGGAAUCCACACAAAUUACUUGGUGUUCCUCAACAAUGUUCAUGCUUCCUAACUAAACACGUUAACAUCCUUCAACAAUGUCACAGAGCUGAUGCCAAGUAUCUAUUCCAAAAAGACAAGUUCUACGAUACUAGUUAUGAUACCGGUGACAAGACCUUCCAGUGCGGACGUAAAGUUGAUGUUCUCAAAUUUUGGUUAAUGUGGAAAGCUAAGGGAUCAGAAGGUUUUGAACAACAUAUCGAUAAACUGUUUGACAACACCAGAUAUAUUGUUGAAAAGUUGAAACAACGUGAAGGUUUUAGAAUGGUGGUGAAUGAACCAGAUUGUACCAACGUGUGUUUCUGGUAUGUGCCACCAUCUCUGCGAAACAUGCCAGAGGAUGAGGAAUUUUGGAAUCGACUUCACACUGUUGCACCCAAAGUUAAAGAAGGCAUGAUUCGUGAUGGCACUAUGAUGAUCACUUAUCAACCUCAAAAGGAUCUCGUAAACUUUUUCCGUCUUGUUCUGCAGAACUCUGCCACAACUUAUGAAGACAUGGACUUCUUUAUUGAUGAGAUCGAAAGAUUGGGCAAAUUUCUGUAG